GACCGGCUAGUUAGUUGUGGCGCCUGGUGUUUCAGGGCAUCUCCGGGUUCCGGGAUUAGAUGAAAUGGCGGAGGCUGCGGGGCUGGUGUGGGUUCGUGGCCCCGGCUUCGGGUGCAGGGCGGUGCGAUGUACUUCGACUCAGUGCUCCGUGCAGGAUUUCAUCUACCAACUUUGCCAAAAUCGGGAUAUUCCUGUGGAAUACUUCUUUGUGAAAUGCAACGGAGCCCUCAUUAACACCGGCGACACAGUGCAGCAUGGAGCUGUGUACAGUUUGGAACCCAGGCUUCGUGGUGGAAAAGGAGGUUUUGGAUCUAUGCUUCGAGCACUUGGUGCUCAGAUUGAGAAGACAACCAAUCGGGAAGCUUGCCGGGACCUCAGUGGAAGGAGAUUACGAGAUGUGAAUCACGAAAAAGCAAUGGCAGAAUGGGUAAAACAGCAGGCUGAGCGGGAGGCUGAGAAGGAGCAAAAGCGCCUGGAACGACUGCAGCGGAAGCUUGCAGAGCCCAAACACUGCUUCACCAGCCCCGACUACCAGCAGCAGUGCCAUGAGAUGGCGGAGCGUCUGGAGGACUCCGUCCUCAAAGGUAUGCAGGCUGCUUCCAGCAAGUUGGUAUCAGCAGAAGUAAGUGAGAAUCGGAAACGGUUUAACCAGUCAAAAACAGACCGAGGAGCCAGGGCAAAGAAAAGGAAAUGCUUUUGGUUGGGCAUGGAGGGGCUAGAGACUGCAGAGGGGUCCAGCUCUGAGAGCUCAGAUGCUGACAGUGAAGAAGGACCCAGUACUUCAGGGAUGAGCUCCUGUGCUCCAGAAGACAGCAGUGGUGGUGUUGAGGUGGCGGCCGCGUUUCCCAGUGAUUCCCAGAGGGCAAGGGUGUUGAGUGCACCAGAGGAGCUGCAGGUCCCAGUGCCUGACUCUGGGAAGGCUGUUUCAGAAGACUUGCGAGCCGAGCUGGGAGAGAAGUCUGUCCAGGAGCACGUGGAAAGGGAGAUGGCUGUUGAGACAGAGGAGGAAAAGGGAAGGAAGGCAGAGAAUCAAGAACCCACAGAAGGAGAAGCAGCUGGGACAAAAGAAAUGACUGAAGGGGACGGAGCUGCCAAGGUGGCAUCUGGAGAAGACACGGACAGCGUUUCCAUUGCCAACAUUGCCAAGCUGGAGGAAAGCCAGUCGGCAAACACAGUUCUUGGUCAGGAGACUAUAGAUUUAUUGGCCUUCAGCUCCGUGGCAGAACUGGAGUCGCUGGGUUUGGAGAGGCUCAAGUGUGGACUGCUGGCCCUGGGACUGAAAUGUGGGGGCACUCUGCAGGAGCGGGCGUCGAGGCUCUUCUCUGUCAGAGGACUGGCGAGGGAGCAGAUCGACCCAGCUUUAUUUGCCAAGCCUGUGAAAGGGAAGAAGAAAUGAACUGGACCCGAGCUGGCUUCCUGUUUCUUUAUAUUCUGCCACUUAGAACCUGCCUAACGUGGACUCUCAGCCAAUAUUCGUAUUGUUAAUAAAAACUAACUUUUUAAUAACUCAA